UUCCCGUUACGGAUUUCUCAAAACAAAUAUUAAGCGCUCAGAAAUUUGAAAAAUGAUUUUGAGCCUGUUACUUCAGUUCGAAAUAUGAGUAAUUCUAAUUAGUACAGAUUUUAAGAGAUGUUCCCUAUUGUUGGAGAGAACAUCAGCAGUACUACACAGAGGUUUUGAGAGGCGGCUUUAUCCUUUUCUUUUUGUAAGGGAGGUUACUGUGUCUGGCAGUGGCUAUCUGGUUGUUAGGCUCACUAUCUCGUUGCUUUGCUUCUAACAAUUUAGCGUUUCAAGGAAGAAUAUGAGCUUCCAGAUGCGCUAGCUCUGUGCAAGCGGUCAUCUGGUCCAAUUCAUGGUUCUUUGAACGCGGUAAUGUUUGUUGUUUAUAUUUCUGAAAUUGAUCCUUACAUGCAACAUUAACAACUGGGCAUUAUUCCUGUGAAGAAAACAUGUUAUCUAUGACGAAGCUUGGGCGUAAGCUUACUCCAUUGUCCUCUUUGUCGUUAUUUUCCAUACUAGAUUGUAGUCGCUCCGACAUCAGUAGUCCUUGUCCUGGACUAUUAGUUUAUGUGGAUAACAGGUCCUCAAUUUAUGGCGUGGUUAUAGAAGCCGUGUUCAGAUGGUCUCCCAAUGGGUUUAACAACACCUGUUCUUCCUCAUUCUCGACCAUGGCAGAAUCGAUCUUGGUCCAGGUGCAGGACUCACCUCAAAUAAGUAAUGAACUAGAAAGUGCAAUUGAAGAACACAGAUUUGAUGAUGCAUGGAAGUUAUAUAAACAGAACAUGGAGAUGGAAGGAUUCCCAAGAAAAUUCAUUCUAAAUAAGCUUCUUGUUGGAUUUGCCGAGACUUGCAUGCAGUACUGGCUUGAGAAAGCUAACAGCAUCGUGGAUUUGGUUUUUGAGAAGGGUAAACAGAACCUCAUAGAUAAGCAAACUUUAUUGUACCUCUCUUUAAUGCUUGCACGACAUGGAUUGCCGAUACCUGCAUCAAGCAGUCUUAGGAGAUUGGUGGACAUGGAAGAAUUUGUGCCUGUGACGGUGUGGUCUGCGGUCGUAGCCCACAUCUCAUGUACAGCACAUGGGGCAUAUCUUGCGGCCGAGUUGGUACUUGAAAUUGGUUCUUUAUUCCAGAAUAACAGGGUGGACCCAUGGAAGAAGAGUAAUAGACCUUUGCUUGCUAUGAAACCUAAUACCACCAUCUUCAACAUUGCAAUAUUAGGUUGUCUGUUAUCUGGGACUACUAGGAAGGCUGAACAAGUUCAUGAAAUGAUGUGUGGGGUAGGCAUAAAAUCUGAUGCAAUCUUACCGAUAAUUAUGGCCCAUAUUUAUGAAAGAAAUGGUCAUAGGGAAGAACUGAAGAAGCUUAAGAGGCACAUAGAUGAUUCAUGUAGCUUAGGUAAAUUACAGUUUCAGCAGUUCUAUAAUUGCUUGCUUACAUGCCACUUGAACUUUCGGGACCUAGAUUCUGCUUCCCAGAUUGUUUUGGAAUUGCUUCAGAAAGCCAAAGAAGCGCGUGGGUCUCCUGUUGCUGCAACAAAUGCACCUGAUAGCGUUGGGAGUGGUAAAUUCUCUUCUGUCGCUGAAAACUUUGAUGAAAUUUCUAAGCAUGGAAAGGCUGACCAUAUUCUCAGCACGGCAUCAGUUGGAACUAUAGCUUUCUGUUUCGAAGAGUUCUGUGGAGAUCGCAAUUUUACCACACUGGAGGCUGUGGCUAACCAAAUUCUUAAUUCACAAUUGGGUAAGUUGCAGAUGCCAGUAGAACUGGUAACAUCUGAACAAGGAGUUCUCCUACCAACUGAAAGAAUCUAUGCCAAACUUGUCAAGGCCUUCUUAGAAGCUGGCAAGGUCAAGGAAUUGGCCGAGUUUCUGAUCAAUGCAGACAAAGAAGAUUCUCCUGUGCCUGCUGAGAAUUCUGUCGUGGUUCGCGUAAUUAAUGCAUGUAUCACGUUAGGGUGGUUGGACCAAGCACAUGAUUUAAUCGACGAGAUGUGGUUUGCUGGGGUAAGAAUUGGUGUUUCGAUUUAUUCAUCUCUCUUAGAAGCAUACUAUGAAGAAAAUCGAACUACCGAGAUGACAUCCCUACUGAGACAUGCUCGUAAGGCUGGGGUUCAGCUUAAUUCUUCCUGCUAUGAGGCCCUCAUCCAGUCCUGGGACCCAACGAGUGCUCUCAAUAUAUCCAAAGAGAUGAAAGAAACAAAGAUCUCAGAACCCAUCCUUCCAGAAUUUGAGAUGCUAGUGAGCAGUUGUGCAGAGAGCAAACAUGCGGGUUUGAUGGUAAAGCUUAUGGAAGAAAUCAAGGAGGGGCGAAGGGCUGAUUAUGAGGUCUACUACUGGAAUGAGGUAAUUCAUUUCUUUUGCAAGAAGAGAUUAAUGCAAGAUGCAGACAAGGCUAUGAAGAAAAUGAGGGCUUUGGGACACAUGCCGAAUGCUCAGACUUUCCAUUCUCUGGUGAUGGGAUAUGCUGCAGUUGGAGGGAAAUAUAUUGAGGUGACACAACUGUGGGGUGAGAUGAAGGAACUUGCCUCUUCUUCUAGCUCAAUAAAGUUUGACCAGGAGCUGUUGGAUUCCCUACUAUGUAUAUUUGUGAGAGGUGGGUUCUUCUUGAGAGCUAAUGAAGUGGUUGAGAUGAUGGAAGCUGGGAAGAUGUUUAUUAAUAAGUACAAAUACAGGACCCUUUUCUUGAUAUACCGCAAAACGUUACACAAGAACAAGAAGACUCCAAAUUUCCACUCAGAAGCCAGUGUCAAGAGGAGAGAAGCAGCAUUUCUCUUUAAGGAAUGGCUAGGCUUAGGUUGAUGUCAUUGACUUUCAGGAGCACCCCUUUGCAGUAUUGAUCAAAUUGGAGAUAAGGAUGCCACAAAUCCGGUGGGGAUUUAGGGUCUAGGAAAUCUGAUCUGAGUUGGGGGAAGUCAUCAUGAAGCUGGAUGUAUGUGGAGGAGUAACAAAUAAGAAGAUGAUUCCAUUGAUUGCUUCUUAGCCAAGGAUGUCCUUUAAACAGUUUUUGAUGUCAGACAGAUGUGAGACAUAUAAGAGGGGACAGAAAUCCAACUACAGUCUCACAACAGCAUUUCAGGUCAAAAAACUGUUAACAGUUGGGAAAAUGAUCAUCCAGAAAAUUCCUAGGUGAGAAUACAGAGCCGUCUUAUAGACCAACUGGGCUAUUGCUAAGAGCCUCACAUUGUUAGGGCCCAAAAUUUUAAUUUUCUUACAACUUUGAUAUAUAUAUAUAUAUUUGAAGCAUUAGAAUGCUGUUUGUCUUUUCAAAAAAACAAAAAUGCUGUUUGUUAUGUAAAUAUAAUCUUCAGAUGGGUUAAAUGCAACCUUAACUAAAUGCAAUUCCCUUUUUGUGUAAUUAGCAGAAUGCAACCGUAAUUAUAACUAUUUUUUUGCAA